AUGGUGGGUUAUGAAUUAAAAAAAUUCAAUGGAUAUCCUACUGAAGAUCCCGAAGAACAUAUUGAAGAAUUUAGAUUGUGGCUUGUAGGUUCUGGAAUAGAUAUAGGUGCUGGCCAUGCUAAUAGAAUUAAUGCUCAUGGUGUUUUUAUAGCAUCUCUCAAAGGUGAUGCUAGAAGAACCAUCCAUGGAAAAAAUUGGGAAUUGAGGAAUUUACUUGAUAAUACGGCACAAGCAAAUUUAGCUGCUGUUCAAGGAAGAAAUGCUAGUCAAAUUGGAGUACAGGCCUUAAAUCGUGCAAAUGGGCAGAAUGGUAAUGUUGUAAUUCCAGCUCAUACAGUAUUUGAUGAAGAUUGGUCUUUUGCUGAUGGACGACCAACUGAUCGUUUACCUAAUGCGCCAAAUGCUAAUACAGGUAAUACUGUAGUUGUACCUGGUAUUCGACUCGGACAAGUAUUAUACUGGUUUAAAACUAACUAUCCUACAGUUACUGCAGAGAAACAACGAGCACUUUUUGGUUCAACUGUUCAAGGGAGUGAACCAGUUGGUCGUUUCUAUUCUAAUUUGCGAAGGUUAGCUAGGCUUGCAGGUAUAGAUGAACGACAAAUUCGAUUACAAUUUAUUCGUGGACUUUCACCCACAAAUCAAAUCGAAGUUCGUCGUUUAGGACUUGAAAAAUCUGUAGAUAAUUUACUUCCAAAUCUUGAAGAAAUCGAGAGAUAUACAGCAGAACAGUUAUCUGGAGCUUAUUUACAUCCAAUCUCAGAUCUAACGUCAACAAAAAAAUCCGUGACUAAUUAUUACGGGAAUAAAGAUAAUGUGACUAAUUAUUACGGGAAUAAAGAUAAUGUUUCAGUUAAUCCAGGUAUGAGUAAGUCUGAAAUCGAAAACCUAAUAAAAUCUAUGAUUCCUUCUUCAGAACCCCAGCAAGUACAGGUACCAAAAAAGACACCGCCAACUGUACCACCAAAAGAUAUGGAAGCAAUAUAUGAUUCUUUAUUAUUUAAAGAAUUAUACGACUUAGGAUUUCGGGAUGGACCUAUAGUAGAUUUUAUAGAAAGUUAUAAUAAACGCGGAGAAUAUUUUAAAAGAAAACAGGCUCAAAAGGAUGAUUCUGAUGAAGAACUUUCCAAUCGCAUGAGUAAGGGGUAA